AUGGCGACCAAAAUAGCAGAAGCAGGUAGACAAGCAGCGCUGAAGGCGACCUCAAAAUACGUAGAGGACGCCACUCAAGCACGGGAAACGCGGGUCAGCCAUGCCAUAACAACGAAAGAUCGAAAGAACAAUUCCACAACAGAGCUUGUUCAAUUUGCUGCAGCCAGCAUUGGAUUUUUCUCGGAAAUUGUACACCAUAACCAGGAGAAGAAAAAGUUGAAAGAAGCAGUCAAAACAACAGAGCUUCCGAAAGAUGAGUGCAACCCUAUAAGUCCGCCAAUCACUGCAAACGAGGCAAUAUUGGCACAGGACGACAGCGACAAAAAUACAGUUAGUCAAGGAAAUAAAGCUGAGCAGGAAGCCAACUCGAAGAAGAACUCAAAAGACCACGCAAGAGAGUUUCUUAGACGACGCAAAGUAGACAUGACUCAACGAACGGAGCUCACUUUGCCGGUGAUUCUUCCCCAACGAAGACCCAAGGACCGCAGCCGUGGUUUUGUCCGAGCAUACUCGCCUGUACUUUCACAGGCUGGAAUCAAUGAGGACACGUUUUUGGAUUUCAUCGAUACGUUCAAUGCUACACUCCUACCGAAUCCAUACCUCCAAGCGAUUAACCUGGCCGGCUUCGUUGACUACGGUGUACCCGAACCGGUAACUCUCAUGAUCGGAUUUGGUCUCGAAUAUGCCACCGACGCAGUCAUGGAGGCUCAAAGCCGAUAUAAAUCCAACAAAUUCCUUGGAAUCCUAAACGCUGAAUUCUUCCAGCCGAUGGGUCUAGAAUGCAUGGUGGUAGUGUGGAGCCCAGAUAAUGAUGCAUCAAUGGCAAAUCUGAGGGUUAGCGCAGGCAAACCUCUGGAGCCCAGUAUACUCUCAAAUGUCCAACAGAUCAUCACUCAGAAACAGCUCAGAGACAAAGCUUUCCAAGACUUCGAGGAGGGAAUGAACGAGAGUCUUCGAAGCCAUAGUGGCGCAGUCGCUUGGAAUGUCUCUGCACCGCUCGUCCGUCCCACCAACACUGUAAAGGAGAACAACGAGAAAAAGAAAAAUCCCUUUGGUCGUGCAGAGAUCUGGCUCGACAAUUACAUGGACGAUACAUCACAGGCACGACGAAAGCUGAAGCACCCCGACGACCCCAUGGGAACGAUGCUUCCAGCCCAUCAAUUUCAGUCUCGCUAUGCCGAUCCCAAUCAUCCAGCCGCAAGUGGUGAUCUUGUAGCACUAUUUACGGGGGGACGAUGG